AAGACCUGUGCUCUGUUAAGCAAUUCCCCAAUCAAGAAACUGUCUCUGCGUCAUGUACUUAGACGUGGGCGUGACGAUGAAUACUCACGAGUCAUCCGUUGGAUUUGGACUGCAAUGGAACGUGGUUUGUUGGAACUACACUUGCACAGCUAUUCUAGUGUUGAUUUAAAGAGAGAGUUGCUAACGAGCAACACACUGGUGAAGCUCACACUAUCCGGUGAUUAUUGUUUAGGCGAGCAUCUGUUCCUCCCAGCGCUCAAGUCACUUUCUCUCUUAUCACUUGUUGGGCUUGAUCACCCCAACUAUUGUCGGCUCAUCGAUGGCUACCCUGUCCUGGAAGAGUUAUUCGUACGUGAUGAUCGUUCGAAUCUGCCCCUUUACGGUACGGUCGUGGCAAGUGAAUCCAUCAAGCGGCUUGUGGCGUUUCAUUUCUGCUGUAAAUCCAUGCCGAUGUUCUACAACCUCCUUAAUCUAUGUAUUGAGAGUAACAAGGACAAAGGCUGGCAAGUAAUGCCGCUUCUGCUCAAGAGUUGUCCAAAUCUUCACACUUUAGCCAUCAAGGUAUGCUCAGUUUCUUUUAGACUCAGAGCUUCUUUUUGUCCAUUACACACACAUGUCAACGAAACUGGUCUUUUGGUUUCAGGGUCUUGUGCACAAAGUCACAAAUGGAUGCGGAGAUGCAUGCGCUUGCAACCC